AUGCCAGGCCGGCUUCAAUAUGCCUCGCCGUCAGACGUUCCAGCCCUUGUGGGAAUCUUCGAAAGGGCUUUCGCAAGGGACCGCGCGACCAGGCUGAAAGCAGCCGGGCAUCAGGAGCGUCCAAGCUACAUUGGUUCCAUGAUUGAAGCGCCCCUUCGAGAUUGGCUGGAUCAGCCUCACCGCUGUCGAGUGCUCAAAUUGGAGACGGAAGAGUCUCUGAAACCUCUUGGAUGGAUCUGCUGGGGCUUCUACGGCCUGACAGAAUCCAAAGUGGGCUCGUUAUGUGCCAGCGCUGAAACCUCUUCGAUCGAAUGUAUACUACGUGCCCGGCCAGGUCAAUACUCCCUAUCAGCUCUUCCCGAAGACUGUCGGCCUGAGAGCAAAGAUCCUGAUCGGCCCGCCGACACUCCAAAUCAGAGCGUCGCCGACCUCGAGGCGCUCUGCUCAGCCGAUUCCAAGCAAUGGAUGUCGAGACUCAUGCCAAAAGGUGGUAGAGGCAUGUUUAUUGCAUCCAUCUGUAUUGACCCGGAACACCAAGGCCGCGGAAUUGGUAGCGAACUCCUACAAUGGGGAAUUCGCCUGGCAGAUUCCGAGCUGCUAUCGAUCUGGGUUCACUCGUCCGAAGAUGGAUGGAAUCUGUUUGCUAGCAAGGGGUUUGAAGAGAUUGGUAGGUUACAGCUUGACCUGGGAGAGUACACCAAGGAUGACAGCCUGAAUCUGUCAGAUCCAUAUGUCUAUCGCUACAUGGUUCGAAGACCAUUAAAUAGCUGA